GCAGUAAGCAAGUAGAGAGCGCGCAUCAGCGGAGCAGUAAAGAAACGUCAAAUUGUUCAAAGGAAAGUACAACUAAUCCAAAUCUACAAAUUUGCCAGCGACGGUGUCGUCCUUCUGUGCCAGUGCGUAUAAAGGCUGACAACCUACGUGUUUAAUCAAUUUAACCACGAAACGAGUUCACGCUCAGUUUUUGCACCCGGUAUUACUACGAUCACUAGGAAAUGAUGAAAUCGAUUUUUUUCGCAAUCGUUGCCCUGAUGUUCGCGGCAGUGUUCAUGCAGCAGGAGCAAGCAUCAGCCCAGCUGACUGACUCGGAUGCUGUGUCAAGCACUGAUGAAUGGAACUACAUGAAUAGAAGUUGUUCAGCUAAGCUCCAUGAUCAAAUCAACAAGGAAUUCGAUGCGGCGAUCUUUUACAUGCAGUAUGCCGCAUAUUUUGCGCAGUACCAGGUCAAUCUGCCAGGAUUUGAAAAAUUCUUCUUCAAUGCUGCCUCCGAGGAACGAGAACAUGGAAUGAAGUUGAUCGACUACGCCCUUAUGCGCGGUCAAAAGCCCAUCGACCGGAACACCUUCACAUUGCACUAUGGAAACCAAAUUCAACGUCCGGCUCCGGAACAAGGAUCGGUGGCUCUGACUGCUUUGAGAGCAGCACUCGCUAAGGAGCAGGAAGUGACUAAGAGCAUUCGCGAACUUAUCAAAAUCUGUGAGGAAGAUCAUAAUGAUUAUCACCUGGUGGAUUACUUGACUGGGGAAUUCCUUGAAGAGCAACACCAAGGACAACGUGAUCUUGCAGGAAAAAUAACCAUGUUGAGUAAAAUGCUGAAAACGAAUCCCAAUUUGGGCGAGUUCCUUUUCGAUAAGCAAAAUAUGUAAAAAUGUACCAUAAACUACCUCUUCAAAUCGUUAUUGAAAUUCGAUUCCCGUGUUUAAAUGGCAGUGCAAACAUUCAAUAUACUUCCAAAUAAGUUCUACCAAUAAACAAAAACUUUGUAAUAAAACAGAAGCAUCUUACAAGAUGUGGAAAGGAGUAUUUGAAAUGUGAUAUCAUGCACUGAGUGUAAUUCUUAUUGUCAUUUUAACACAAGAAAAAUAUACAGAGAGGUGUGUCAUUUUUCGAUAAAAUAAAAAUAUAGAUCACUUUUUGAGUAUUUA